AUGUUUCCUUUAUCUCUAUGCUCACACACGCAGUCCCUGCGAGCAACGUGCUUGAACCAACUUGUCAAGACGUUCUCCACAUCAACCUCUGCAAAGGACAGCUCACUUCGAACUCUUCGCCUAAUCACCACCCUAAACCCUGCCCGAAUUCAUGCCGACUGUCGUAUAGAUAUCUCCAGCACCACGCGCACCACCAUCGAAGUCAUGGACAACAUGAGAGGCGGCGGGACCCUUUCACACAACAAAUUCGUCAUAACAUAUCAGACAGAACGCCCUUCUAGCUCGGAACUCACGAAACUCAGGUUUCCUGACCGCACUGGGGGGUUUCUUUACUAUCACUCACCGCACAACCUCCCUCCGAGCGCAGGAGAGCUGCGUUUUCGAGUCUCCGACUCGAGUUUCCAACAAGGCCAGGAUCUACUCAUCAAGAACGCGAGACCUUGGAGGAUACCAAUGUACGGUCUCGUAGAUCCACCCGCAGACCUUGUGGGACUUAGAGACCAGUUACUGCACGAGAAACUAAUCGCAGUGGACCAACUAGAUGCCUGUCGGCGAAUUCUUCAAUCUACUGAGAUGCCCUGGUACGCUUACACGAUUCACUCGUUCGAGCAACCAUGGUUGUUACCGCUAGACCAAGACAUAAACCUUUGGAUAGUCAACAACGGAACCGCAAGGCUCUUGAGGGCCCAGACUUUUUAUAAACUUCGCUGGGACGCGGCCCCCCCUCUGCGCCCUCUUUCUGGUCUUCUACUUGUCCGCUUCGAACGAUCUACCGUCAAAUUGGCUCGUAAACAACGUCAAGUACUCGUCCUACGAAUUCUCGAUGUCAUUAAGCCAAUCGACGUCCACCCGGAUGCCAGGGGGAAGUAUCAUAUGCCUCAACCAGGGACAUUGGUCCCCAGAAGUGUUGACGCUUCGAUGAAGGGUAGACCAUGGUACUUUGACUUCGACCUGAACAUGAAAUCCCCAAACGCCCAAGCAUUGCGCCUCCUCUGUGGCCAUGUACCCACCCCUUCGCUGGGCAGUCCCAGUAACUCUAUGGAGAUGAAAGCAUUGACGCAUCAGCAUAUACCUGAGGUGCUAUCUUAG